AGGGGUUGCGGAGACUUCAAAUGAUGGUUCUAAGUGGGGCCACGUGAAAAAGGGUACUUGCUGUGUUUGUUGUGAUAGUCACAUCGAUUCCCUGUUGUACAGAUGUGGGCACAUGUGCACUUGUUCAAAAUGUGCAAAUGAACUGGUGAGAAGUGGAGGGAAGUGUCCGUUGUGCCGUGCACCCAUCGUUGAGGUGAUCCGAGCUUACUCGAUACUGUAA